AUGUCGGGAACCAAAAUCCUUUCGAGAAGCGCUCUCCAUGACAAAAUGAAAGCAGCGAGCCGGACAUGUAGGUGGGAUGUAUUGGUCUCCUACUCUGCCGAAGAGCUGAACAAAGUGCUCCGGAAACAGUGGGAAGGAUCCAAAUUAUUCACCCAUGCCACGUUUGAAACAGUUACAAUGGGAGGUAAUCUCAUAUCAAAGUUCGAUCUCACUCUUGGAUUUCCGCAAUUGCAAAUCAAAAGUUUGUCGGCGCUGGCGUCCGCAUCGUUGAGUAUACCCAUCGAGGGAACUAUGGAACAGAGAUAUAAGCAGUUUCCGCCCGAGAUAUUCACAAUUACUCCUAACAACUUCAGCCUAGAAGUUGGGGUUCCCUUGGCUGUUGUUGAUGGAGAAGAGACGGGUGGGUCGAUUCAGACCAGCGAACAAAGUAUUAUCUUCGAAGACACUAGGACAAGCGACCGCUACAUAACACUCAAUUUUAAGAAUAGCGGUACAUCAUGGACUGUACAUGCGAAAAAGACAGACGUCCCAGAUAAAGACUCGGUAUUCGGCAUUGUGAAUGAUGUACGGACUUGGUUUGAAAACCGACAAAAUCUGGUUGGGAUCAAGUUGCGCCUGGCGCGAAUCUCUAACCAUGAGGAUAAAACUUCCGAUAUCCUUCGUCCAAAGUCCUUCCGCUUUGCAGGACCGGCUGGGGUAUUACUUAUCUUUAUUCAGACCAAAGGCAGUGGUUUUGAGCAAGGAGAUAACAUGCCUACCUUCGACACCGACUCUACCAGCCCCAUACCCAACGGAUCGACUGCAAGCAUCAUUCUUUCCCGAGAUCUCUUUCAGGAUAAAUUUCUGCUUCCUGGGAUCAGGGCGAAAUUUCGAGGUGCUAGUGAAAUUAAAACUGAUACUGGGAUAUCCUUGAAGGUUCGCCAGGAGAACCAAGUGAUAAUAAGCGGUCGUUACGAGAUUCGUUAUGGGGUUGGCACCACGAUCAUCAAAGUUGAUACGUUAACGGUAGAUUUUGAUAAGAAUCCCCUGGACCUGUCUAUAACUGAUCAGAGUCCAUAUACCACCCCAGUAUACAAAUGGAACUGGGACUUCGAGGGGACCACAGAGUAUACCCAGUCAAGGGAUUGGUUCAAGCAUAAACUGAAGAUCAAUGCUAAGCUGUCUUCUCCUGCGAGAGACCUGGCGGAAUAUGGCAGCCAUACAAUGAGGCUCCGCCUUGAGCUUCUUCAAUCGGAUAACGUUGAAGUCAGCAAUGAUCAAUUUGAAUUCCUCGAGUUGAAAGUCAAACUGACCUCCUUCAACUUGGAUCUCGACGAGCUCAACUUUUUUGCAACUACUAAUAUACUGGUUCCUGAUACAGAAUUUGUCAAUUUCCAUGCUUCAAUGGUACCCUUUGACUAUAUUAUCAUGGGGGACAUAAAAGUACCUACCUAG